UACAUUCUUUUUAAAGUACUUUUCAUAAUAAAACAUUUAUCUAUUCAUAUGUAUUUACUGAGAGUCUUUGCUGCUAGCCUCUGGGCAUAUAGAUGUGAAAGGGACUGACACAGUUCCUGGUCUCAAUGAGUCUCCAUUCUAAAGGGGACACAGACCAUGGAAUAUCAGGGAAAGGGACAAAUAAAAACAGCUGCAAUUAAGAGCUAUAAAAAUAAACAAAUAAAGGGGGAGUUGGAGAAUAAGGGUCUGGAUGAAGGUGUACUUUGGUUCAGAAGGCCAGCUAAGACUUCCCAGAGGAAUCAAAGACCAGCUCUGCAAAGUCUCAGAGGCUGAAAUUGCUUGGCCUGUAGGAGAAACUGGGAAAAAGAUGGUGGCAGUGAGAUUAUAGAGUGAAAGCUAACAUGGUGAGAAAUGAGAGCAAAGAGUGUAUUCCGGGGGGGAUACCAGCAAGGCCAUAAGGGAAAUGUGGAGCACAGAGGAGAGCAUAAUCAGAUUUCCAUUUUUGUAAGAUCACAAAAGUCUGUCCUAUAGAGGAUAGAUUGAGUGGAGGGAGUGGUAGAUGGAGGAUGAGGACCAGGUAUGGAGUUCUUUUCCUAAGAACUCAGGGGUGAUGCAGGGGUUUGGAUCCUAGUACAGAGACAUGAAAAGUGGAGGGACUCCGGAUUGAAUCUGGAGGUGCAGGGAUGAGGAGAAGGAGGCAGGGCAGACUGAGUGGAGGGCUAACAGGUGAAUUGUGUGAAGUUUACUAGGAAAUGCAAUUGCAAGUGUAUGCACGGGUCUAGUCAGGGAAGCCCUAAAUGCUAGGUAAGGAUCUGGGGGUUCUGCAAGCGAGGUCUGUGGCCAGAGGCCAGUGCGGGGACGGUUCACAAUUUCGCCAGUUUCCUGAAGGUGUUCAGGCCUGUGCGAUCUCUUGCAACGGACUCUGUGCCUCAAUUUCCUAAGACUUGUAAAAGUGAAGGUGGGCAGCUGCAAUCAUUAACCCAGUACUCAGAUGAAGGAGGACUGUUCUAAGUCAGGCUAGCCUCGUUCCGGGGUACAGAAUCAAACCGCAGCUCUUGAAGUAGAAAAUCCGACUAGGUCGCGGGGACAGGGGAGGGAUGGCCUUCACAUUACACACACCGCCCCGCAGCAGGCGCAGCUCCGGGACACACUCCGCGCCGGGUUUUGGAACCGACUCUCCGCCGACAACGCACAGCGUCGCGCACGCCUGGGCGGGACAGACCGCGCUUCCUCGGAGCGGCGACUAGGACGCCCUUGCUGAGUCCAAGAUGGAUCUCCCGGCGCUGCUCUCCGCCCAGACCCCGCGCGGAGCCCAACAUGGCGGCAGCCCCGGCCGACUCCGCGUAAGUCCGGGGCCGCCGCCCAGCCCGGGCCCCGCGCGCCGCCACCUGCUGCUCCUGCGUGAUCCUGAGGACGACGGGUCCGGACCGCUGCGAUGGGAGGCCCGGGCGGCGGCGGCUGACCCUGGGCCAAGACCGCCGACCCUAGUGGAUGGCGGCGACUCCUUCUUGGUGCUUCUGGAAGUGCCGCACGGCGUCGCGGCCGAGACUUCUGGGCCGCGAGAGGCUGAGUCUGGCGCCGGCGCGAGUCCUGCCGGUCGCCCCCAGCAGGGCUCUAGCGGCGCGGCUGCCAUCCCUGGGCCCGGCGCGGCCCUCACGAACACAGCCACCCUUAGCUGUCAGGACUUGGUCGUGCGCUUCGACCACGGCGUCUUCACGCUGGCCCGCGAGCAGCCGCCGCCGCCACCGGACCCGCCAUCCCUGGGCUUGCCCCCGCAGGCAGGCGAGGAGUCUGCGAGCCCGGCCGAGGGCCGCCGCGGGCCGCCGGGUCUCGGCGCACUCCGCUACCGCUGCCCUGAAUCGCAGUGCGCGCUUUCCUUCGCCAAAAAGCAUCAGCUUAAGGUGCACCUGCUGACACACGGAGGCAGCCAGGGCCGGCGACCCUUCAAGUGCCCCCUGGACGGCUGCGGCUGGGCCUUCACCACCUCCUAUAAACUCAAGCGACAUCUGCAGUCGCACGACAAGCUGCGGCCUUUCGGCUGCCCGGUGGGUGGCUGCGGCAAGAAGUUCACCACCGUGUACAACCUCAAGGCGCAUAUGAAGGCCCACGAGCAGGAGAACUUGUUCAAGUGUGAGGUGUGCGCGGAGCGUUUCCCCACGCAGGCCAAGCUCAGCUCCCACCAGCGCAGCCACUUCGAGCCCGAGCGGCCCUACAAGUGUGACUUUCCCGGUUGUGAGAAGACCUUCAUCACAGUGAGUGCUCUGUUUUCCCAUAACCGUGCCCACUUCAGAGAACAGGAGCUCUUUUCCUGCUCCUUUCCUGGCUGCAGCAAACAGUAUGACAAAGCCUGCCGCCUGAAAAUUCACCUGAGAAGUCAUACAGGUGAAAGACCUUUUAUUUGUGACUCUGACAGUUGUGGCUGGACCUUUACCAGCAUGUCUAAACUCCUGAGGCACAAAAGGAAACACGAUGAUGACCGGAGGUUUACCUGCCCUGUUGAAGGCUGUGGGAAGUCAUUCACGAGAGCAGAGCAUUUGAAAGGCCACAGUAUCACCCACUUGGGCACAAAACCAUUCGAGUGUCCGGUGGAAGGUUUGGAGGGAAGCAUGUCAUUAUGGGACUCCUUCACCCUUCCCCUGAGUGUGGUGUCUUGGUAUAAAGGGUGCUGUGCCAGGUUCUCUGCUCGUAGCAGUCUCUACAUUCACUCCAAGAAACACCUGCAGGAUGUGGGUGCUCCAAAAAGCCGUUGCCCGGUCUCCAGCUGUAACAGACUGUUCACCUCCAAGCACAGCAUGAAGGCACAUGUUGUCAGGCAGCAUAGCCGGCACCCAGAUCUCUUCCCUCAGCUAGGAGCUCAAAGUUCUCUUCCAGUCAGUGAACUUGGCAGCCCAGGCCAAAGUGAGCUCAACAACAUAGACCUGGCAGUACUCUUCUCCGAUGUACCUGCUGAUGGUAGUAGUGCAGCAGGGGCCUCGGAUGAGGCACUGACCCCUGGAAUCCUGACUAUUGAUGUGACUUCUGUGAGCUCCUCUCUUGGAGGGAACCUCCCUAAUAAUAGUUCCUUAGGGCCAAUGGACCCACUGGUCUUGGUGGCCCACAAUGACAUUCCUCCAAGCCUGGACAGCCCUCUUAUUCUUGGGACAACAGCCACAGUUCUUCAGCAAAGCAACUUCAAUAUGGAUGAUAUGCAAACUGUAAGUGCAGGAGGAUUAGGCUGUUUGGUAGCUCUGCCUGUCAAGAACUUGAGUCAGGACCCACGGGCUUUGACUUCCAGCAGCAGUUUGGCAGUGAACACCACCACACUGACCUCUUCAAGCAACCUCCCAGGGAAUACCAGUGUCCCAGAAUUGCUGGCUUCAAUCAAAGUGGAACCAGACUUACCUCCUGGCCCUGAAACUGUCAGGCAGCAAGAACAAAGCAGAGAGGUGCCCCGGCCUGUGUUCUCCAGCCCUCCAGAAAAGCACAGUCCUCAGAGAGACACAGGACUCAGUGCAGGGACUGGCAACUUUUAUUUGGAAAGUGGGGGCUCAGCAAGAACUGAUUCCCGAGCCAUUCAACUAAUCAAGAAAAAAAAGCAGAAAGGAACUGGGAGCAAUGCAGGGAGACUAGAAGCCACCUGCUGCGCUGAUGGAUGCUUGGUGCACCAUGGGGGUCAGAUACCCCCUCUCCUUAUCCUGUCUUCUUUCUUUGCAUCUCUCACAGGAGCUGAUGGGCAGUGUUCACCGUGAUUUCCAGGACCUUGGGUGUUUGGAGAGACUUUCAAGGGGGAGGCAGGCAUGGAUAGUUUUAAAGGAAUCAGCUUUCAGAUUGUCACCUUGCAAAUGUAAUGGUACCUAAAAUUGAAUUGCCUGAGAAAGUGCAUUUGAGCCCAGGAGUUCUACAGGUUUGCUUGUCCACCUUUCCUUUUAUAGCUGCCCUUCUGCUUUCUAAAAAAUGAGCCAUGUCCCUCAACCAGGCUUUUAUAGGGAUGCACAAUGUAGGGUGUGGAUAAAAAUAAACAGAAUAUCCCUGGCUGGUGUGACUCAGUGAAUGGGGUGCUGGCCUGUGAACCAGGGGUCCCCAGUUGGGGCGUAUACCUGGUUUGCGGACCAGGUCCCCAGUAGGGGGAGUGCAGGAAGCAACCACACACUGAUGUUUCUCUCUCUCUUUCUCCCUCCCUUCCUCUCUAAAAAUAAAAAAAAAUAAAAUCUUAAGAAAAACAACAAUAAUUUUCCAGAGGACCAAACCCAGCACACUUCAAGAUGCUGGUUUUAGGGUCAGCUUGCCCUUUGUUGUGCAGAGAGUUUUUUUAGGAGUGAAUGGUGAGAUGUUUUGAAUGGAAAUAUAUUGUAUAAGGGGUCUUGGGCGGGAUAAGCAGUUUUCAUUUGAAGCCCUCACCAUUCCUAGUCCUGUACUGUUGUCAUAAAAUGAGCUGCUUCUUAAGGAGCAAGUCCCAUAAAAGCAACAGCAUUCAGCUAUUCACAUUUUUCAGCUAUUCGUAUUUCAUCCCUAGAAUGAGUUAUUACUUGGAAAGAAAAAUAACCUGGCACUAGAGCAGUUCAAGUUAGUAGCAGUGAUUCUUUUAAAUGUAACUGUGGUGUCUGCAGGAUUACCAGAUUUUCAGACACUGGAUUGAAGGUACAGGCUGAAAAGAGAAUUUCUGUAAAUUUCAGAUUGUAUAUUGACAGAGUAGUUAAUACCAAUUUAGCUUUUGAUAUACCAUAAAAUAUUCUAGUUAUAGUUAGUCUUAUUUCCUGUUAUAAAAUUAAUGCCUUUACGAUCUUAUUCUAGUUACUGACUAGUUUUUCAGUAGUGAACAUUUGUCUUUCAUUAAUAUAAAGGAAAUGUUUAAUCAUGGUGUCUAGCAAAACUAGUGGAAUUUAUUUCUGGUUUUGUACACAUGAUUUUUUACUUAACUUCCUCAUAGUUGAAUAUUAUACAUGGUAGCACACAUUCAGUGAAGGAAUGCAGGCACUGAUCAUUGUCUCAUGUUUCAUAGAUUUGACUGUGACCCACACAGUUGGCAUUGAAUCAUUACAAAAUAAAUGAGAAAUAGAUAAUAUUUAUCUUGUUUUUUGUUAUAAAACUAAAUGAUAAAUAACCUAUAUGCAUCAUUUAAAUCUUGCCUGCUUCUAAAAGUAAGUUGAAAAAAAUACAUGAUUUGAUGCCUUUUUUUAAUUCCAUAAUGUUCCUUGAAACAUGUCUUAAUAUUGCUUAUUUGAAUUAAAAAAUGAAGUUGGACCUUUUAUCAGAAAUAAGCCAUCCAUCCUGAUAGUAAUGACUAACGAUGCUGCUUGGCUUUGUGACACACAGUGCCCCUACAUUGAAUGAGCUGAGUCUGCAGUUACAAUGAUGUGAUAAAGUUAUGUUUGUUUAUUGUUAAAGAUUUUGUUUAAUUAUUUUUAGAGAGAGGGAAAGGGAGAGAACCAUCUAUCAGUUGCUUUUCACCCCCAGUUGGGGAUCUGGCCCAUAACCCAGGCAUGUGCCCUGACCGGAAAUCAAACUGGAGACCCUUUGGUCCACAAGCCAGUGCUUAAUCCACUAAGCCAUAUCAGCCAGGGCUAAUGAAAUUGUAUUUAAAGAACACUAGCAUUUUAGUUUUAAAAAUAUUUUUUAAUUGGCAGAAAUAUAUGCUUGACUGUGUCUCAGUCUAGCAAUAAGUGAUAGUUACACAAACACAUGUACUCUAGACAGAAUGGUUGACUGUGUGGGAACCUGGUGGUGCCUGGCGGAAGUCUGUGUGGAAAACAAGCAGUCAGGCUUACUCUUCUUGAUGUGUUUUUAGUACAGUUUUGCUUUUACUAUUUCAUAAUUAUCUGUCAAAGUUUUUAUAUGUUAUUUGGAUUUGGUUUGCAUUACUAAUAAUUGCAAUGGUAACUAAGUUUUUCAGAUGAAGAAUUUUAACUCUUAGAAAGUAUAUUUAAAUACAUUUUAAAAAUAAAUAAAAUUGCAAUUUAUGUACAGUUUUUUAUUGUAGGGAAAUAUGACAGGGUGAUAAAUGACUUCAAAGUAUAAUAGCAUAUUCAGGUAAAAUUCCAGAGGUGAGUAGAAUUAAUAUUCCCAGAAGACUAGGGAGUGAUGUAAAAGUUGUAACUGUUACAGAAGAGUGAGUGAAUUUACUCCUCACCUCCUUACCCUAGUCCCAGCCCUGCUGUGGUGUCUGAAACCAGUAGAGCAAUUUAGAGAGACAUGGAGACCAGCCAGAGCUCAUGGGGCGGGGGUUAUUGGGUAAACUGAGUCAGAGAACAGAAAAGGAAGUGCUCAGAGGUGUAAUGGAAUUGCAUUUCCCUGUAGCAAAAGGGGCACUGAAUCUGCUCUCUGGGAAACUGAGGCUUGCCAUCUGAAGUCCUUAGUAAUUGUACUUUAAACAUAAAGAAUUCCUCAGGCACCCAGGAAGAAAAUAGUAGGCUGUGUGCAGGAAGACGCACUGCAGUUAUCAGUGCUCCUCGCCACAGAGCUGUGAGUAUCAAGCAUCGAGGGAAGGGAGUUGUGAUCCAGGAGUUUCAUACCAGCCAGGGUGGCUGGCGAAUGCCGAGGGCAGGAAAUCUUUUUGGACAUGUGGGACUGUGAGAGAUAUGGGAAACAACUGGCGUGAGAUCCAGCCACUCAUGAGAUGAGUAGGGUCGGGAAGCAGCACGCACCACGCUUACAGAGAGGAGAUAGUGCAGCUCUGGAGCUGGGACCUCUGGGCUUGUGUGGUAUUGAAACCUUAAGGUAAAAUCGGCUGUAACAAAGACAGUUCGACCUGUGUAGUUCAACAGGCAGUCAACUGUUGCUGUUUAAAAUAGAAACUAAAGUUCCAAAAAAAGAAUCCAGCCUCUCCUAUUUUCCAUUUUUUUCUUUAAAUUUAGAUUAAAUUAGAAAUUCCCAUGAAGAAAUAAUUUUCUAGAAGUUUAGCAAGUCCUUCAGUUUGUUUCUUUUCAUUUUGUUAAAUUCAACAAAAUUAAAUUGAAUACUUUUAUUCAAAAUAACUUGUAUGCUAGUCCUUAUAAAAUUGUCUUUAUGAUGCCAUUCGUAUACAUGUGUCCAGCUAUGUCUGGACAUAGCAGUAAUAGCACCUAAAAUUACUGGCACUCACUAUGAGCCAGACACUGUUUUAAACUCUUACACAUAUUUAUUUACUCCUCCCAAAACUUUGAGGUAAGGACUAUUAUUCCCAUUUUGUAGGUAUAGAAGAACACUGAGACUAGAGUUUAGGUUACUAGUCCAAGGUCAAGUCAACUGUGGAGCCAGGCAUUAAAUAUAGACUGGUUUCUGCUUCUGGGAUUUCCUGCUGCUCACAAACCAUAUGAGUGUCAGGAAAACCUUUUCUGAGUGUCAAGAUUUUUCUUUCUUCUUUGUAUUUAAUUUUUUAAAAAACCUUUAUGAAGCCAAUGAAGUGAUGAUGAUUUUUGGAAAGGAAGCUGCACAGAAACAGCCUGAAGGAUAUGGCAGCCAUUUAGCAAGUGCCAAAGUGCCCAAGGGUGGGAUGCAAUGACCUGCUUUCUUUCUUUCCUUUUUUGUGAUUCUGCUGUUCCGACUGGUUGGUUUUGCUCAGAGAUCCAUAUGUCUGGAGCUGCAUGUUGGAAGGAGAGGAAAGAAGAGUUUCUGCCCUCAAGAAGUAGGCAUCUGGGGUCUGAUUGUUGUCUGUCCAAAAGACACAUGAUCAGUAUAUUUUUUUCACCUCUUACCUUAUGACAGUUCCUGUUCAGUCAUUUUAAUUCUGCAGGGCUGUGCAGAGUGACAGGUAAUGGGAAGGCUGUCUCCACCAGAGUGUGCCCUCUGUGAAGGCAGGGGCCUGGACAGUACCACAUACAGUGCAUUGUUGGUUUGUU